AUGCAAUCUACUGUUCCAAUAGCCAUUGCAAGUAAUGCUAAUAGGAGAGAUGUUGGUCAAAACUAUGCAGCAAACGACGAGAGUGAUGUGUUGCAAAGGCUAGGCCAUAACAGGGAGAUGAUUUCUACUUCUCUGUCUCCACAAAAAUCGUCGGGAUUCGGUGGUAGGAGAAGAUCAUCUAGUGUUAGAGACGCCCUUUCUGCUUUUUUUGGAACUGGAAACAGUCCAACAUCUAAUCUAGAUGAUUAUUCGAAUUUGGCGAACCGCAAUUAUACUACAGCGUCAACUGCUAUGUGUAGAGGAAAUAGUUUUCCUUCGGACGUGGUGGGUAAUUGUUUCAAUAUUACGAGCUCCUACCAACCAGACAGACAUAGAAACUCCGUUCCGUAUUCCACCAUAGACCAAUUACAUACAAGGCAAGAUACCGGUCUGAGGAGAGAGUCAGAUCCUGUUCCAUUGAAAAAACUUUCUAAUAGUGACGAUGUUGUGAAACCGCUUAUGACGCAUCAUGCCAAUAACAGCGCCAUGUUCAUUGGUAGAGUUUUAUCAGACUAUUUAGCAGACCGUGGUUUCAUUAAGCAAAUGCCAUUAUAUAAUAAAAAAAAAGUAUUGGAAAUUUCCAUUGCGACAAGUGCAGAAUCAGUUUUCUUACCAACCACAAAAAGUGACGAGACAGAGUAUCUAUCACUAAUACAUGGUUCUUUGGACCACACGCAAACAGAAUCUGUCAAUACCACUAGUGCUGCUGAAAAUAAUUUGCUUCCUUCCUCUCCCACAGUGGACACUUUGAAUGAAAACAAUGAUCUAUCACUAUUUUCGCUACCUGCACCACGAUCCAACUCUGGUAAUAUGACGGGUAUAAGCGGUACUAGAGAUCGAAGCAAUACUGGUAAUACUUCUUUAGCAUCGAAUAAUAAUACAUCAGAUAUGGAUUCCUUUGUCGCGAACAGUAAUAACAAUAUUACAACUAAUGUGGAUUCUACUGUGAGAAAUAGGCAUUUAAGUUCUCACCCGCGUUCUCCUCCCAACGCUUGGAAUAGCCAAAUGCCUUCCUUCAGUUUUGCGUUGAUAUUUUCCCUAGAUAAACCAACCACACUUACUGAUAUUAAAGUGGAACUCACUUCAAAUGUGAGGAUUGUAUGGUAUAAUGGGCUUCCUCCUACCAGGAAUGUGAACGAGGAAUGCUACAAUAUAGGUUCUUUAAGUUGGACCUUGGACGCAAACAACUUCAAUCUUUUCAUUCCGAAAGGUGCUAAGUCUCCCCUUGAUGUCGUUGAAAAUCAUUCAAAUAAUCGGAGAUUAAAAGUGUUGCAGAAGCUAUCAAUGAGGAAACGCCGUUCUUUUUCGAAUAAGGCUGUUCUCAAGGAGAGUAUUUUAAAAAAUCUUAAUGCCUCCGAUUCUGCGAACAAAUUAAAUGCAGGUAUUUACGUUUUCACUAUCCCUAUAGUCCUUGCUAAUCGUAUUCCUGAAUCCCUCUACUACCCAUCAGCAAGGGUGUCUUAUACUCUGAGACUAGCAACGAGGUUGAAGGACGAACAUUUGCAGUUAGCGACAUCGCAAUCACGCUCUUCAUCACUUUCCCCUCCUCAGAAAUCACGUUCGAAUUCCUAUUCUCAUCCUCAGGAAUAUUCCCAUGUUGAUGAUUCUAUAGAAGGAGAGACAUACAAUAACGAUAAGAAUGCCAACGGCAAAAGCGCAUUUCCAUCUUCUUGGUUAAAAAGUGCGAAAGACCGGUUAAAAAGAAACAAUUCAAACGGAGACUCUGAGCAUAAUGGUACAUCGUCUACUUGUAAUUCGACCUCUCAGUAUGAUUCAGAAGCAACUAUAUAUUCAGAGUACCCACUUCGUUUGGUAAGAACUCCACCAGAGAUUUCGAUCACCACAGCUAACAAGCCACUUUACAUAAAUAAGGUUUGGGAAAACUGUCUUUCCUAUGAGGUUUCGUUCGCUCAAAAAUAUGUUCCUUUGAAUGGUGAAAUCCCAAUUACAAUCAAAGUUGCACCAUUAGUAAAAAGUCUUAGUGUAAAGAGAAUUCGCGUUAGUUGUAGAGAAAAAAUUUCAUAUAAAAGUAAGGACUAUCGACAUGAUUUUGACCAAUUAGAUCCAUUGGCUUCAGAUCCUUGUAAUCCUUAUCACAUGAGAUAUUCGGUGAGAAAGAAAAAGGACAGACGGCUGCCACUGUUUGAAGUGGCUUCUAAGUGUACAAGUGGACCUUCUAUCAGAGAGGAAGUCGUUACUAAUACAGUUGAUGAUAAUUUACUGGCCUACACCUCUUCAAAAGAAGACAAUAAGGAUAUUCCGUUCUCUGAGUCCUUUACUGUUAAGACAAAGUUGAAGUUUCCAAAAUACUCCGAAAUUGACGCUACCAAAGCCACAAAUUUACCACCGUAUGGUAUUGACCUUUUUGAUCCAGUGAAAGAUUCAAUACAGAGUGAAAGUACUUCUAAUAAUGGCAAGGUGCUGGGUCUGUUAAUGGGUCGCUCGAGCAAGACGCCCAAGGCAUUUCAUAAGAUACAACGAGACAAAGACCACAAUGAAAUUAACGAUAAAAAUGGUAACCCAAUAACAACUUUGCAAACUAGCUCAAAUGUCCCCAUUCAGCACUAUACACGAUUGAAUAAACCAAGACGCGGUUUAUACUUGGAUAGCAUGCAUUUUAAGAAUAUUCAAUGUUCACAUAAAUUAGAAAUCAUUUUGAGAGUGAGCAAGACUGACAGUGGUGCUUCAAAAAUGAUAAGGCAUUAUGAAAUAAUUGUUGAUACACCCAUUUACCUGAUAUCUGACCUUUGUAACACUUCCAACAUAGACUUACCCACUUAUGAUAUGGCUACCACCGAAUCAUCUAAGGUUUUGCCACCAACUUUCGAAGAGGCCACAUCAGUUCCGGCGUCACCAAGAUCUUCUCUAUCAUACUAUCCUGACGACAUUUCCAUGCAGCAAUUGAAUUUGUCUAGGUCAACUUCCCUGGCAAAUGGCUACCUGUCGACCGUACAUCCUAAAACAACAGCUUUUUCAGACACAUUUCAUGCCACCCAAAACCGAGAUCAGCAAGAACAACAAGUCCGUCCUUUUAGGGCUGAGGAGUACGUACCGCACAUGGUAGAUGGAAAUAACGCCUAUAAUAAUAUGGAUGGCUUACUUUCGCAAGAUAUCCUCAGAAAGGAAGGCGCAUCUACCCUAUUCAAGAAAGACAUUGUCACAAUGGACUUUAACAACAAUAUAUUCACACCUCGGCAUGAUUCCCGUAUUUCUAUCGAUAACAAUGACAACUAUAAUGAUAAUGACAAUAAUGAUAAUGAAAGCGAUAUAGAGGGGCCUGGUUCAAUGAUUCAACCGGGUCCUGAACCACCACGAUAUGAAGAGAUUUCCUCGUAG